CUAACCUUACUUCCUUAUUUUGAUAUUUUGUGGUUUGCGGUUUGAAAAAAAUGUUUAUUGAUAAUAAUUAUUAAUCUAAUCAUUGCUUAUUAACACAUUUAUUCCAUUAUAAAAAUGACAUAUUCACUAAAAAGGAUUUCAACAGGUGAAGAGAUUGCAUUAUCGGAGGGUACAUAUAUUGUAGGAAGAAAAGAUUGUGAUAUUGUAUUACGUGAUGAUGCAUCUAUAAGUAGGAAACAUGCUAUUAUAAGAGUCAAGUCAGACGGUGCAACCCUGGAAGAUUCUGAAUCAAAAUAUCAUACUCUACACAAUGAUACUGCUAUACAAUCUAAAACUGAAAUUAAAUUAAAAAACAAGGAUUUAAUUAAGUUUGGAAUGCUUAAUCAUGUAUUUCGUUUUGAAUUCUAUAAUUUUGUGGUAUCGGCAAGCGGAUUAUCAUCAGAAAAGAAAUCAGCUUUAAAACAAAACGUUGAAUAUUGUUGUGGAAAGUAUGUAGAUAAAUGGAGUUCUGAAUGUACACAUUUAACUGUGGAGAUGGUUACCGUGACAGUUAAAGUCCUUCAAGCAUUAAUAGAUGAAAAACCAAUUGUAACACCAGAUUAUUGGAGUGCCUACAAGAAUAGUAAAGACAAAGGCUUACCACCUCCUGAUAUCAAUAAAUACAAUCGACCCGAAAUUUCAGAACAGCUAUUGAAAUCUGAUUUUAAAUGUGAGGCAAAUCCAAAAAGAAAAACACUAUUUAGAAAUAAAGUUUUUCUCUUUUUAAAGACAAAUGUUAAGAAUCAGAUUGAAACUGUAGUCAAAUCAUGUGGUGGAGAAUGCAUAGCCUGGGACGAACAGCAAUUAACUUACCAAGAAAUAAAAGCAAGCCCCAAAGAAUAUCUAAUUAUUAAACCGGACGAAGAUAACGAAUUAUUCAACGACCUAAUAAAAGUCGAGGCAAAGGAAAACAGGAGAACCAUACCUUUGACCGAGAUAGCCUUAGCGGUGAUUUACUGUUCGUGCGAGACCAGCUGCAACCCUAACUUUAAUAAAUCGAAAGAGAUAUUUGGUAACACGUCGAAGAAUGUUGCUAGAAAUGCGCCAGUAAUCGCCAAAAAUACGCAGACGCAGUUGGUCUCUACUAUGCCUGUUACUGUCAAGUCGGAAAAAAUUAUACCAGCGACGCUGGAGGAUGAUGUGGAUGUGUUAAUGUCAUUGCGAAAAAGUCAGGCUGAUGAUGGAGGUGGGAUAAAAAGGCCGAUUUCGAAUGCCAACCAGUCGGUUUCUAAAAAGAAAAAAGUCGAAGGUGCUAAACAGAAGGAUCUAGAUAGUUGGUUCACUAAACCCAGUACCAGUAAAGUAGACACUACACUCAAUCGCAGCAGAACUAAUAUGGCAGAAGGCGAUUCUAGUCAGGUGAUACGCGUAGAAUCAAAUAAGAGAAAGGCCGAAGAACCUCUACAGUCCCAAUCUAAAAAAUCCAAUCCUUUUACAUUAUGUAAAAGAGGUACUACUAAUAAAAACGUAGUAUCAGAAAAACAAUCCCAAAGUACAAGUAAACAAGUUAAAAGAAAUCCAUUUGCCUUUCUAUCUUCUACGGACACUACAAAUUCUAAUACCACUAAAGCGAUAUCUGAUAACACCACUAUAUCGCGAAGAGCUUUGGAAGAUAUGUUACAGCAAAGCCAAACGAGAAAUGAAGGAACAACUCGUGUGGAUUUUCCACUAAAAGUACCAAAAGUAGAAAGAUCCCUGGUUUCGUCUUUAACCACGAGCAUUUUCAACGAUACGUGGUUUUCAAAAAAACAGACCCAUUGCAAACAGGACAAAUCGAAAAUCGAUGAUCCAGGUUUGCAAAAGAUUGUCGAAAUGUUUGCCGACUGCGUUCAGAUCAAAUUACUACCUGAAUGCUCGUUUGAACGUACAACGUCGACGAUAAACGAAUCGACGGUUGAAGCGUCUGGUGUGAAGAAUUUUAAGAAGUUCAGAAAAGUUGCUCCUCUUAGACCUCAGAUGAAUUUCAUAAGUCGAAAACAAUUAACUAAAGUAGCAGUGGGCAAUGUUCGCUCUAUCCAGUUAGACAAUUUCAAUAGAUCUGACGAUGAAGAUGUUCAAGAAGUCAGACCUACUGCCAAACCGAAGCGUAAGAAAUUUGUUCUUUAGUUUGGUUGUUUUUAUUAUAUUUACACAAAAAAGUUUGUUUAUUGAUAUAUUAUCUAUAUGUGGCAUUAGCAGAAUAUAUACAUUCCUUAAAUUUUUGCCUUUUCUUGUGGUACAGUGAAGAAAGAGGUGUAAUUUAAAGAAACUGUUUUUUUUUGUUAAACUAUAAGAGACAAUAAAGUAUUGAAAUGCAGUUUAUUAAAAA